AUGUUCUCGUCCAUCGUGGUCGUCGCCGAUACACACCUCAAGCACCUGCGUGGACGCAAGAACCUGAAGGAAUAUACACAAUCAAAGACCGUCGAGACCGGCGUAAACAUGUCAAACUACUUUUGCGCCACUUGUGGUUCGCUCAUGUAUCGCAUUUCGGAGAGGAUGCCCGGGGUUUCUCUCCUGCGGCUCGGUACCGUCGAUGAUUUCAGUCUGCAUGAAACCAAGUUGAUGCCGAAGACGGAGAUUUUCACCAAGGACCGUGUUAGUUGGUGCAAGGCUCUUGAGGGUGCUGUGCAGUUCAAGGGGAACUCUUCUGUUGCUCAAGCAAUGCUUUAG